AUGGGUCCGCUAGCACUCAUCCUUGUUAGUGGAUUAUUGUACUUUCAAGCUGAUGGAUCUCGUCUGCGCCAAGAGGACUCCCCACCUCGAAUUGUGGAGCACCCCUCGGACCUGAUUGUAUCCAAAGGGGAGCCUGCCACUCUCAACUGUAAAGCAGAGGGCCGGCCGACCCCAACAGUGGAGUGGUACAAGGAUGGAGAGAGGGUGGAAACUGACAAAGAUGACCCACGUUCUCACCGCAUGCUGCUUCCCACCGGCUCACUUUUCUUCCUUCGUAUCGUUCAUGGACGACGGAGCAAACCGGAUGAAGGGGCCUAUGUCUGCGUAGCCCGGAACUACCUGGGAGAAGCUGUCAGCCGUAACGCAUCUUUGGAAGUAGCAUGUAAGUCAAGAUAUUUUCAGUCCUUUCUUCCUCAUUUUUCCUCUUUACUGUCAUGUUGA